AGGGCUUCGAAGGGGGGGAAGAUGAAGAGAGAGGAAACGGCGACGUAUUGUGUGACGGGCGCGAGUGGGUAUAUUGGUUCGUGGCUGGUCGAGACUCUUCUCCAAAGAGGGUACACUGUCCAUGCCACUCUUAGAGAUUUUGAAAAAUCUCAGCAUUUUCUAUCGAAAUGGACCGAUAACGAACGGAUCAGAUUGUUCCGAGCUGACCUCCAAGAAGAUGGCAGCUUUGACGAGGCCGUGAAGGGCUGUGACGGCGUCUUCCACGUGGCAGCUUCCAUGGAGUUCGCUUUCGCACCCAAUCAAAAUAUCGAGAGUUAUGUCCAAAGCAAAAUCAUAGAUCCGGCAAUAAGGGGAGUACAGAAUGUGCUUGGCUCCUGUUUGGUGUCUAAAUCAGUGAAACGAGUUGUCUUCACAUCAUCCGUUAGUACUCUCACGGCCAAGGAUGAGAUUGAUGGACAGUGGAUAUCUACUGUGGAUGAAACUUGCAAGACCACCAUAGACCAUGUUAACAGAACCCGAGCGAGUGGAUGGGUGUAUGUACUCUCGAAGCUCAUAUCGGAGGAAGAAGCGUUCAAAUAUGCGAAGAAGAAAGGGAUGGAUCUUGUCUCAGUCAUUACAACUACUGUGUCUGGUCCAUUCCUCACUCCUUGUGUUCCCUCAAGCAUUCAAGUCAUGUUGUCCCCAAUUACAGGUGAUCCGAAGUUCUUCUCAAUAUUGUCUGCUGUGAAGAACAGGAUGGGUUCCAUUGCUUUGGUCCACAUUGAAGAUAUUUGCAAUGCACAUCUCUUCUUGAUGCAACACCAAAAAGCUCGAGGCCAAUACAUCUGUUGCGUUGGCUCCUGUGUUAUGUCCCAAUUGAUUCAUCAUCUCUCCAAGGGGUACCCUAAUUUCUCUAAAAUUCAAAUGGUGGAUGAGGAGGGAGAGAAGGAGGAACCAACGAUCCCUCUGAUAUCUUCAAAGAAGCUAAUAGAUUUGGGGUUUGAAUACAAAUUUGGCGUUGAAGAAAUCAUACACCAAACGGUACAUGCUUGUAUGAAACAUGGGUUUUUACCUCAAACAAAAAGCAUAUGACUAUUGCAAUAAAUCCAUCAAAUCUAUUUUAUUUCCGUAAUACAAUUAUGUAUCCUGAACAUAUAUUAUAAUAUUUUUUGAUAAUUUAGAGAAGACAUUAUUAUGAUA